GGCUGGGACUGAGGCUGCCGCCCUCUCGGGGAAGCGCUGACUCCCGAGGGGACCCCCUUCCUCGUGCCUGGGUGAAAAGUCUUCUCCAGGGGUCCCCUGUCAUCCUGACUAUACAAGAUGGUGUUCCUGAAGCUCCUCUGGAUGGGUUUCCUCUGCCACCUGUGUCAGGGCUACUUCGAUGGCCCUCUCUAUCCGGAGAUGUCCAAUGGGACGCUGCACCACUACUUCGUGCCCGACGGGGACUAUGAGGAGAACGAUGACCCCGAGAAGUGCCAGCUGCUCUUCAGGGUGAGUGACCACCGGCGCUGCUCCCAAGGGGAGGGGAGCCAGGCCAGCCGACUGCUGAGCCUCACCCUGCGGGAGCAAUUCACGGUGCUGGGCCGCCAGGUGGAGGACGCCGGGCGGGUCCUGGAGGGCAUCAGUAAGAGCAUCUCCUACGACCUGGACGGGGAAGAGAGCUACGGAAAGUACUUGCGCCGGGAGUCCCACCAGAUCGGGGAUGCCUACUCCAACUCGGACAAGUCCCUCACGGAGCUGGAAAGCAAGUUCAAGCAGGGCCAGGAACAGGACAGCCGGCAGGAGAGCAGGCUCAACGAGGACUUCUUGGGGAUGCUGGUCCACACCAAGUCCCUGCUGAAGGAAACUCUGGACAUCUCUGUGGGGCUCAGGGACAGAUACGAGCUACUGGCCCUCACCAUCAGGAGCCACGGGACCCGGCUAGGUCGGCUGAAAAACGACUAUCUUAAAGUGUAGGUGAUGGGGCACCCAGCCAGGAGAGGGGAUGGAGUCUGCCCUGCUGUGGAGGGUGGGGGACAGAAGACAGGGCUAACGUUUCCUUUAUACUUAUUAUUUUUUAGAUCCAGAUUUGCACUUGGAGAAUGAUCUGAAAUCAUCUUUAAAAGGAAAGAAGUGGGAUUUAAGUGGUUUUGUUUUUGUACACUAUUUAUGUGACUGCCAUUGAUGUGUCACCUGAAAAGAACAGUUUCAAGCCAUGCAGGCUUGAUAAUUCUGCAGAGACACCUGUUUCAGCCACAAUGUAAAAGGACCCAAAUGACACAGUGUUUAGCUUCUCCAUCCUGGAGAUUUGGUGCAAAUACCCAGAAAGCAGAGUGCAUAGCCCCUUUCUGCUUUCAGCCUUCUCCUGGGCUCCGAAAGCUGUCAAACGGCCUGUUUUUCAGAUGAGGGAACAGGCACCGCUCUGCAUGCCUGUUGGCAGAUGGAAGUUGCCUGUUUCUUCUUCACCUUUUCUCUCUUAUUUAUUACCAUUGUCUCUAAGGUUCUGUUGGGGGUUUGGGUUUUUAUUUGUUUAUGUUUUUUCUUGGUAAGAGUAUUGGCUAGAAACUAUAUGCAAAUCAUCCUUUGCAGGGAGACGUCUGAAUGCCUCUGUGGGUGUGUGUAAAUUAAAGAGACCACAUUGAAGAAGUCUAAGCUUGGUGGUGGCCGUACACGCAUGUUGAUACGUUGAUUUGCUGUGUCUCUCAUUGUAUGUCCGUGUCACUAGUGCUAUGGUCCAUGACGAAGAAGGAGAUUGAUUGUUUGAACACACCCCCAAAUGCCUAUGAUUGAGGUUACCAAUAUAUUGUUUCGUUUUGGGGGUUUUGCUUCUGUUUGCUUAUUGGAAACUUGUACUUCAGGUAGGGGAAAUGUUAAUAACUCCUUA